AUGUACCCCGGCGUAGAACAUUUCAAUUCAAAUAUCAAAUGGAAAUUUGAUGACUCGCCUUGCAUGGAGGACGAUAAUAUAUCAAAUUUGGAGCAUAAUCUCGACCGGAUUCGCAGUUUGAGUCAGGAAAAAACUUUUAGUGGUUAUGGUUUAAAGGAAAAUGAUAAUUUAUUGGAAGUGGAAGUAAAUGACGUGAUAGAAGAUGACUCAGAUGACCCGAAAGAUUAUAAUAUUAGUGUUCAUGAUAGUUUUGAUGAAAAAAGUGAAUAUGGAACACAUAAGUUUUCUCGAAAUUCCUCAGUUUCAAAUAGGGAGCUCGAUGUUAUUAAAGAGAGCUCGAGGAGCUCAAGUGAUACAGAAGUGACAUUGACACGAUGACUUCCGAAAGUGACUUUCCAUAGGGCAGUGAAUAUAGUACAUUUAGAGAACUCUCCAGAGCAAAGAUUA